AUGUCGAUUGACGAAUUGAAUGACGUGCGGGCAUCUGCAGAAGACCGAAACGUAGAUUUGUUCUACGUCCAGACGGAGCUUCCCGCCGCCAAUUUCGUCGCCGGCGAUGUGGAAAAAAGGACGACACGUGACGCCAUCACAUCGAUUUCAUCAUACACUCUAGUUUGCGACGACGCCCAAGACCCCAUCGCCCAACCUCAUGAGCGCUAUCAAAUCGCGAUCCGUCGUCUUCAGCGCAUCUACUUGCGCCUCCCGGCCAGGUCCUCAUCUCUGCCGCCGCCGCGUACACGACCCAGCAGACCUCUGCACCUCGUCGUCGUGGCUCCCAUCCAUCUCGUUUCUUCCAGCGACAACAAAUCCCUCGGGCGCUGGCGAGGUCAGUGGGGCAUGAAUUCUACAGCAGCUCCCUAUACGCCCCUCGAAUGUCUCUUGCUGUUCCAGACGCUCGUGGUGUACGGCACCGGAGACCAGGACUUCGAGCGCAUUUCAAGCCUUCUCACGAACAACCCCCUGGUAAGGGAUGCCGAGACAUACGACGCGCAAAGGCUGAGCGCAGACGCGCUGCGGCAACUGUACCUGGGGCUCCUGCGCGAUGAAUUGAGAGCAGAGGAGGAGGGCCCGGAGGAUCAGAUGUCCAGGAAGCGGAAGCUCCCUUCACCACCUCUCCCAUCGAUCAAGGAUGCCCAGGAGUACAAGGACAAGCUGCCGCUGCUGGUCAAUAGACUCUAUGCACGAUAUCGAGAAUACAUGAUCCGGGCGAUCCAGGAGGACGAGAGACAAUAUGCCAGAGUACAGCAGGAGAUCAAGGAGAUCGAGAGAGGGGAAUGGGACGAGAAGCUCUUGAGGGAGGGCCGGGCUGCGAAUGGGAUACCGACGGCCGAGGCAAGAAGAUAUGGUGUACCGGAAGCUCUGAUUUUACAUCCCAAAGCACACGAGGUCCCGAGGGAGGGUCUCCAGAACCCUCCGCACCCAUCUCCACGACCCGAAGGAAUUGCCAUUAGCGAUGUUCUGAACGGCACCAGUACAAAGCCAUCUUCACCACGAGUCCCAGAGCAUUCUCGGCUGCCAGGCUAUCCUCCUCCACCCGCAAGGCCCGGGAGCAUUGGACCCCAUGGACCUUCUCCUCUCCAGACUCCUCUCCAAGCUGGUGUCGAUGGACAUCACCCAGGUCCUCCGCCUUUCCCACCCCCGCAACCCGCUCAGCAUUACGCUGGGCCGCCGAAUGGCCAACCUGGGCAGUAUACCUGGGAGCCUCCCUUCGCUCCUCCUCCGAUGCAGCCUGGACACGGAUAUCAGUUCAAUGGCCAGCAUCCACAGCAAUAUCCGCCGUAUCCACCACAGCACCACGCACACCAACAGCCAUUCUCCAGCCCUCACGGGCUCCCCCCUCCGCCCCUCCAUGUACCGUCAUCUCCAAUCAACCCCAACCCGCAUCAAAUUGUUCUUCCACCUCCAAAUGGCAUUGCCAGACAGCCACCAGGAUCUCCAGCUAUGCCUUUGGAUGCAUUGGCCGAUGCUGCUGGUCAGCAGUACCGUGCCAAUUCCGGCUCACCGAUGAUUCAACAUGGUCGGAAUCCCGGCUCUCCCAUGCCCCCUCAAGGCCCACCUCAAUCACCUAUGACACAAGGAUUUCACGUGCCUCCCAGUGGACAUCAUGGCCCUCCUCAUGCCUCCCCUAUGGGACAGCAUGGAUCUCUUCAUCCCCAAUCUCCAGCCUUGCAAGGAUCUCCUCAUUUCCCCUACACACCUCAACAGCGGCCUUCCUCUGGAAAUGGGCCGCCUCAGUGGAAUCAGCAGCAGCCCAUACAAUUCUCAAGUCCCUCGCAGCAUAAUUCGAUACCACCCAACCAACGGCUACCUUUCCAACCUACUCCAAAUACCGUACCGAAACAGCCCAAAGCCUACCACUCUCCUUACAACCCGAACAAAGACAAGAAGCCUCCUGCCUUGCGAUCAAGCUUCCCUCAAACACCUCUCGGGGGCCCAGUCAGACUCAGGACUGGAACCGGAACACUUUGGACCCCUACCGCAACCAUUGGCACUCCUGUUCGUCCCGAAUUAAGCUCGUUCAACUCCCCAGCAAUAGAGCCCAAUAGUCCAGUUCAGCGUCCCGCAAUUUUGCCAGAGAAGAAGACGCCCAAGAAGGCGGAAGCUCCGACGAUGGCGCAGUCAGUUGAGAAGCCGAGGAAGGAACCCAAAGCGAAGACUGCUCGACGUGCCGUUGGACGCCCGCGAGCUGGGAGUGUCGCCUCAUCAGUCAUGGCCGGCUCGCCGAGAAGUCAGUCGGUCAUGUCUCACGGUGAUGAACUAUCGUUGGAUAAUGAGACUCUACACCGUGCUGUCAAGCAAGAAGUUGCCACGCCUGUUGGCAUUGAGGAUAUAGCUGAUACCACAGCCGACGAACAGCCGCCUCCCCCAUCACGCUCUGGGCCUUCUCCGCGCCAGGCUCUGAAACGUAAGCGAGCUUCCAGCAUCUCCCUUCCCCCAAUCGAAGUCCGGCCCUCCGUCCCACCAACGCACGUCCUCUGGACCCGCGCCUUUCCCAACAUCUCCAAAUCCGCUCUUGAAUCAAUAGCCGGCCAUAGAAACGCGAGCACAUUCGCAGCCCCAGUCAAAGUCAAAGACGCCCCCGGUUACAAAGAAAUCAUCCUCCGCCCACAGGACCUCACCUCGAUCCGCAAGGCAAUCAGCGCCGGCCACCGUGCCGCCACUGCGGCUGCUCCCGACGACCUACCGGCGAAUGCAUCGAGUGCAUGGCUUGAGAUCACGGAGGAUCUGAUCCCACCCAAGGGCAUCAUCAACUAUGCGCAGCUAGAAAAAGAGCUGAUGCGCAUGUUCGCCAACGCCAUCAUGUUCAACCUGGACCCUGGCCGCGGCCUCGCCCGACACUUUCAAAGCAUUGGCAAGGGCAGGGGCGACGUCAUUGGGUACGAGAUUGAUGAAGACGGCGUGGUGAAGGACACCAAGGCCAUGUUCUUCGACGUUGAGAAGACUGUCGGCGCGCUGAGGAGCGCAGAACGCCGGAGCGAGGAGAUGAGGGAGAACUCUAUGUUGAGGGCGCAGGCUGUGGACGAGAAUAUGCAAGACGACGAUGCGGACGAGCCGGCCGGGGAAGGGGAGACUACUACUGGGGUUGGCAACACGGGGACUAUCAAAAGACGACGGAAGGCAUAG